CGGGGGCGGCGCCGUGACGCGCCUCGGGGGCGGUCCUCCCGCGCGCGCGGCUUUUCUUCCCUCGGGCUGGGGAAGUCGGUGCUAGUGACCGGGGGCAGCGGCGGCGGCGAGCGGUUCCCUGCGGCCUCGAAAAAUCCUGCAAAAAUGUCGCUGUACCCAUCUCUUGAGGAUCUGAAGGUAGACAAAGUAAUUCAGGCUCAAAGUGCCUUUUCUGCAAACCCUGCCAACCCAGCAAUUUUGUCUGAAGCAUCUGCUCCCAUCUCUCAAGAUGGAAAUCUCUAUCCUAAAUUGUAUCCGGAGCUUUCUCACUACAUGGGCCUCAGUUUAAAUGGAGAAGAAAUAGAGGCAAAUAUGGCCAUGGUCCCUGGAGCACCAACUCAGGGGCAGUUGGUAGCAAGACCUUCCAGUAUGAACUAUAUGGUGGCUCCUGUAACUGGUAAUGAUGUUGGCAUUCGUAGAGCAGAAAUUAAGCAAGGGAUUCGUGAAGUCAUUUUGUGUAAGGAUCAAGAUGGAAAAAUUGGGCUCAGGCUUAAAUCUAUAGAUAAUGGCAUAUUUGUUCAGCUUGUCCAGGCAAAUUCUCCAGCCUCAUUAGUUGGUCUGAGAUUCGGAGACCAAGUGCUGCAGAUCAACGGGGAAAACUGUGCAGGCUGGAGCUCGGAUAAAGCACACAAGGUGCUCAAGCAGGCUUUUGGAGAGAAGAUUACUAUGACUAUUCGUGACAGGCCCUUUGAACGUACAAUUACUAUGCAUAAGGAUAGUACCGGGCAUGUUGGUUUUAUCUUUAAAAAUGGAAAAAUAACAUCCAUAGUAAAAGACAGUUCUGCAGCCAGAAAUGGUCUUCUCACAGAACAUAACAUCUGUGAAAUUAAUGGACAGAAUGUCAUUGGGUUAAAGGACUCUCAAGUUGCAGACAUAUUGUCAACAUCUGGGACUGUAGUUACUAUUACAAUCAUGCCUGCUUUUAUCUUUGAACAUAUUAUUAAACGGAUGGCACCAAGCAUUAUCAAAAGCCUGAUGGACCACACCAUUCCUGAGGUUUAAAAGUCACGACACAAUGGAAACUUGGCUGAAUUUCUCCAGUUUACUUCUUUGGCAACUUCACUCGAUAUUAUGCACAGGAAGCUUCCUAGGAGCCAGAGAGCAUAUGCUGCAUGAGGUCCUUUCUGUCUUACAGUAUGGCUGGGAAUCUAACUGUUUGAUCUGAUGAUAAUUGUUCAGACUUCAAAAUAGUUGUAGCCUUAUCCUGGUUUUACAGAUGUGAAACUCUCAAAAUCAAGAGACUUACUUUCCUAGAUUAGUUUCUCUACUGGAAACCUGAUGCUUUUACAAGCCAUUAUGAUUAGAAUGACUGAUGCAGGCUUAGCUUUGUGUUGGAGCCAGUCACCUUUGUCCUAUAAGUAGUGCUGUUACUUUAGUUCUAUGGUAUAUUUGCAUUUUUACUGUUACCAUAGGACAUUUAGAAUGAUUGCUUUCGAUAGUUGUGUUUUGUUUUUUUUAGUUAUCUCUGUGUGUAGUAUGUUUCUGUAAACACCAAUUAAAUAACACUGGUUUCAUUCCAUGUAGGAAGCAUUAAACAAUGUAUGCAAGUUGUAUUAAUUAUCAUUAAAUUUUAACUACCUUCACUUAAUAUGCUUGAACUGCUGCCUUAACUUAAGCAUCUAGAAGAAAAGCCAAAAUAUAACUAUUGCUGCCUUUCUAACACCCAUAAUGCAGUUCCAUAUUAAACUGACAUGUACGUUAGCCCAGAACAAGAGCUAUAUAUAUAGCGUAGCUGCUUAGUUGCAUUUGAGAUUUUCUAGUUAUAGUCAUUGUGUAAUGAAUGCAACUACUUCUCAUAGUUCCUGGUAUCAUUUUCUGAUAAAUGAAUUACUAUAUAUUUAAUGUAAAAAUUCUUAAUACUAAGUAGAAUAAACUUUUGACUUUUUUUCAUUCAUAGGUUAUAUCACUUAACUGCUUUGGGAUGGUCUUACAAAUCAUGUUGUCCUGGUGAUUUGUUCUAUUUCCUAACUUUGCCCUGAAAACAAAAUGGCAUUGACACUUUAUCCUGAUUUUUUUUUUCUCUUUGGUUUCUGCCUAUUCCAAUUAAAUAUGUAUGUAUAAAUAAAGUCAAGAUUUAGCCAGA